AUGGAAGGUGGAGGAGAAGGUACUGUUACUGGUGGAGAUGCUUGUGGGCAUGGAAAUUCCCCAAGUAAUUAUCCCAUAUGUCGGUCCGGUCCACCAUUCACUGCUAUAGACAGGUUUUUGUACGGUCACAACACUCAUUUCUCUCAGACACAGACCCAAAACCAUGCAAAGAACAAGGAAGUAGUUGUUUCGGAUACCGUUUUGUGCAGUGUUCCUCGGUCUUGGGGUGCAAUUGGUGGUGGGUUUUCCUGGCCGAACAUUCCAGAGGUGAAUGUUUCUGACGAGUUUUUUGUGGACGGAGAGACUCUGAAUUGGAUGCAUGAGGGAAGCCCUACCAUGGGAUUGAAAGAAAAAGUGGAAGUUUCAGGGAAGAGUAGUUCUAAAGGGGUGGGAAAGGCAGCUAGAAAAGGCUCUUCUGAAGCUUUAAUCAAGGGGCAAUGGACUGAUGAAGAAGACAGGAAACUAAUUAGGUUGGUGAAGCAAUACGGAGUGAGAAAAUGGGCUCAGAUAGCUGAAAAGUUGGCUGGAAGAGCUGGCAAGCAGUGUCGCGAAAGAUGGCAUAAUCAUUUGCGCCCAGAUAUUAAGAAGGAUAGCUGGAGUGAAGAAGAGGAGAGGAUAUUGGUGGAAACUCAUGCAAAGGUCGGGAACAGGUGGGCGGAGAUCGCAAAGUUCAUUCCAGGAAGAACCGAAAAUGCUAUAAAGAACCACUGGAAUGCCACCAGAAGAAGGCAGAAUUCAAGAAGAAAGAACAAACAGACAGAGAAUCAAAAGGCCGGAAAGCCACAUUCAUCUGUUCUUCAAGACUAUAUCAGAAGCAAAAGUACUCUGAUGAUCAGUAAGAGUACUAGUACUACUACUUCCAGCAAAACUAUGAUCGAAAAUCCAUCGACCCAAUUCAACAAUUUCCUCCCGGAACUGUCAGAGAUUUCUCCAUUAACCCAUGAUGAAGUUGACUCUCCCACCAUGAAUAUUUCUCUGACAUAUGAUGAUGAGCUUCUCUUCAUGCAAAACCUUUUUGCAAACCAUUUCGAUCAGCCCUAUGUUCAUGACAACAUUAAUAAAGUCAUGACUACUGCUGAUGAUCCGACAGUACUACUGGCCGAAACAUUUCAUGUUGUUGAUGAUCAGUUUAAGGAUUCUUCAACAUCCAUCAAUUCUAACGACUUUCGUCAAAACAAAGGUGAUCAGCUGCUCACUGAUGUUGUUGAAUGCGGGUUUUCAUCUUUUACUUCAAAAUCAAGCUUGCAGUACUGCAUAAAUAGCGAAGUCCUCCAAGCAAAAGGGACAUUCACUUCCACCAGUGCUACUGCAACCACCUACUUGCAUUCUGACCUCUACCUCUCUAAUUACCUGCUGAAUGGCGCUGCAAAUUCGUUGUCGGCAAAUGAUUACAGCUACGACGACAACAUCAUGAGCGUUGAUUUGCUGACAGACCAAUCCCAUGAUGACUUUUCGACUGGAAGGAAAGAAAUCGACUUGUUUGAGUUUGUGUCUUCAAAUUCCCAGUCCUCUCAGGGCAGCAACAGCAGCUUCUUUCUAGCUUAA